GUAGCAAAUUGUAUAUAUUUCUUCCUGAGGAAAUCCUGAACAUAUAAUUGCUGAAAAAACCCUGACUCCCAAUUUAGUAGCCAAGGGUUGAAAAAACCAAGUCUUAAGAGUCAAUAAAAUUAAAGAAAGCUUAAAAAGGUUAGACCCAAAAACAUAGUUGAAUCCUUCAGUUUUCACUGUUUGGGACCUGAGAAAACCCAAAACGCCAAUUCAACUUAACAUACACGACAAGUGUGAGCGGAAACCCUCACAAGUACUUUAGGUCAUCCGCUGUCCCCUUAUCUCCGUUUUUUUAAUGUGAAUUAUGUUUUAUUAAUAACUAAUAUAUUAUAAUAACCGACACCCAAACGCGUAGUUGAAGAAUUGGUUUGCAUUCUAGCUUUAUCCUUUGGGUGCAUUUUUUUAAGAUGACUUUUAGGUGCAUUUGCAUGUGCAGAUAAACCAAAUUUGGAUAAGCCCCACCAAUUCUGUGUGGCCUCGGGGCCAUUUAGGCCACUGGUCCUAGCUAGCAAGCUUCCAAGGCUCCCAAAAACCAGCCCACGAUAUUGUUAAUUUUCAGGAUUCAAAUUGCGUCUCGGUAAGUGGUGCCAAUGCCGUCCUAUGCAGUGACAGUCUCCCUCUAUGAAAUUCCUCUACUUGAUGGCAUAUAUAAUAAGCAGUCUAUUAUAAGUAACAGCAGCAGCAGCAGCAGCAGCAGAACAGCUUGGCAACAUCGGCAAGAAGAAUAUGAAGAAAGCACAGCUGAUAUUUGUACCGUUUCCGUUCAUUGGCCACCUAGUAUCGAUGGUGGAGACUGCGAAGCUCCUCGUCCAUCGGUACGACCACCUCUCCAUCACCGUUUUCCUCAUGAAGCUCCCCUCCGACCCCAUGGCCCACACCUACGCCCAUUCCCUCCGUGUUUCAGGACUGAAUUUUAUAACCCUCCCCCAGCCAGACCCAACUCCAGAACUUACAUCCCCCAAAUCCACCAACUCCUUCCUCCACGCCUUCGUCACCGCCUACAUCCCCCACCUCCGGUCCACCGUCGCCCAACUCAUUCCCUCCGCCCCGCUCGCCGGUUUUGUCCUCGACAUGACCUGCAUGCCCAUGAUCGACGUCCCCAACGAGCUGGGCCUCCCUUCCUACGGCUACGUACCCUCCAGCGCCGCCCUACUCGGUACCGUGUUUCAUCUCCAGUCCCUUCGCGACGACCACCGCCGCGACGUCACUGAGUUCGCCCACUCCGACGCUGAACUGGCCGUCCCCUGCUUUGCCAACCCGGUUCCCGCCGCCGUGUUGCCCUCCCUGAUUGUCGACGACCACGAAGGCGGGUCCACCAGGGUCCUCGCCAACGCUAGAAGACUCAGGGACACAAAGGGCAUUUUAGUGAACACGUGUGCGGAGCUAGAAACGUAUGCCGUCAACUCUCUCAAGAGCGGCGCACCCGAAAUCCCACCCGUUUACCCAGUGGGACCAAUGCUCAAUCUGACAGUUGACGCGCAGGAGGAUUCCAGUUCCGGCAUCAUGACUUGGCUCGACAAUCAACCUCCGUCGUCGGUGGUGUUCCUGUGCUUUGGAAGCAUGGGGAGCUUCGGCGCGGAUCAGUUGAGAGAGAUAGCGGGCGGGCUUGAGCGCAGUGGGCACCGGUUCUUGUGGUCCCUACGCCGGCCGCCGUUAUCGGCGGCUGCGCUUCCGUUUCCGACGGACAGCAGCAAUCAAGAGGAAAUAUUACCCGAGGGGUUCGUGGAACGGACGGCUGGGAUUGGGAAGAUCAUAGGGUGGGCUCCACAGGUGGCGGUGCUAGCCCACAGAGCGGUGGGGGGUUUUGUGUCGCACUGCGGUUGGAACUCGAGGCUGGAGAGCGUGUGGUGGGGGGUGCCGGUGGCAGCAUGGCCGAUGUACGCGGAGCAGCAGCUGAAUGCAUUCGAGAUGGUGAAGGAGCUGGGGCUGGGGGUCGAGAUCAGAAUGGAUUACAAGAUGGACGGUUACAGUGGGAGUUUGGUUAGCGCGGAGGAGAUAGAGAAGGGGAUAAGGGGAGUGAUGGAGGGAGAUGGUGAGGUGAGGAGGAAGGUGAAGGAGAUGAGGGAGAAGGUUCGGGAGGCCGUGACGGAGGGCGGGUCCUCGCACACUUCACUGGGAUAUUUCGUCGAACAAGUGAUGCGCAAGGUGGAGAAUGAAAGCAGCAAUCUGGGAUUAAGGCAGAGAGAAGGUGAGAAAUUGAUAAUGAUAGGAUAGUGCUGUAAUCGGUUUCUGUAUUUUUUUCAGUUGUGUUUUGUUCAUCAGAUUGACCUCCUCUAAUUAAAUGAAAAACCAAAAUUCUUAUCUUGAAA